GGGGCCUGACGCGUCAGCCCGCCCCACCCUGCGCGUGCGCGGGGAGGGAGCGCGGCCCUGCGCGCGGGCGGACGGCGGACCUCGUGUGCGGCCGGGGCCAUGGCGAAGAGCCUGAGGAGCAAAUGGAGGAGGAAGAUGCGGGCGGAGAAGAGGAAGAAGAACGCGCCCAAGGAGCUGGAGAGGCUGAAAAAGACCCUGGGCACCAACGCGGACGUCCUCAUGGAGGAGGUGAAGGAGGUGGCCACCGUGGUGACCCCCAAAACGGUCCUCGAGCAGGCGGAUGAUGGCAAAAUGGACGUAGAUAAUAAACGAAACAAAAAAACUCUUCUAGACCAGCAUGGACAGUACCCAAUAUGGAUGAAUUCCAGGCAGAGAAAGAAGCUCAAGGCACAGCGUGUUAAAGGGAAAAAAAAGGCAAAAUUGGCCAAAGGCCUAGCCUGGUAAAAUUGGAGUUUUGUAAAAUCAUGAAUAUUUUACCCACAAAAUAAAUAUCCCAAAUAAUUACACGAUACUUUUGUGCUUGGCCAUCGAGUGUAAUUUAUUGUGUUGCAGGAAUUUUUGAAGAGACUGUUAGGCCAGCAAAUGAUGGAAGCAAUAUCAACCUGGUGUCUGUCAAACUUAAAAAAACAAUACAAAAAGCAAGCUGAGUGCCUUUGAAUAGACUAAGUAUCUGUGCUUUUCUGUUUUCUUGAGGGCAAAUGUCUUAAUCUUUUAUAUUGUGAAUGCUGAAAAUGCUAAAGGAAAUCCUUAAAAUCGUGAAACUAUAAAUAGUUUUUGUACUGUGGUCUUUGUCAAUGUAACUUGUCUUUUACUAGAUUUAACCAAAGGAUUCUGUAAAUUCACCAUAUCCUUUAAAUUAUUGUAUAAAAUUACUUCUGUUGCGCCAAUCUGUAUUGCUUUUAACAUCUGGUAAUUAAGGAAAACGGGUCUUUAACUUGUAAUUUGUAAGAGAUUAUACACUGGUAUCAACACCAAGGCUUCAUGAAACCUCUGUGAGUAAAAAGACAAAGUGUCAGUCUGACUUUAUUUUGCAAAGAGAAUGCUGUUGGAACAAAGAAGUAUUUCACUGCUGUCUGCAACUGAAAUAUUGUAGGAACUAAAUAACCGAAAGUAAAACUGAUUCUUUUAUUAUUAAUAUGAGAAAAUGCAAUGGCACAGAUUGGAAAUAAAAUAGUUUUAUUUAAGACCUUUUCCAA